AUGCGGUCAGCGCCUCCUGCGCUCUACGGGCGUUUGAUCCCGCAAGUUAGCGACAACGAGCAGGUUUUCAGCGAGGAUACAGCCGCUAGCGAAGCUCCAGGCACGAGCUCUGCACCUUCUUCGCUGCGUAACGCGGUGCUGCCCGAGUCGCGCUUCUACCGCGUGUUGCACGAGUCCAAGCUGUUCUCGAUCACUUUUGACGGGGUUUGCAAUGAACCCACUUUUGAACCCACAGGUCAUCAGCAGCCAGGCGACAGGAGGUCGACACUAGAUGGUAAUUUACACCACCACCACUAUUCCCUUCCAGAUGCCCUGUCUAUGGCCCAGAGCGACUACAAAGCCGUGCGCAUCCAGGAGCUACCGCGAGCAAAUUAUGGACGCACGGCCUCAGCCAAGAGCAGGUACCAGAUGUUGCACCAAGAACGCAACGCUUACAGUGUUGUGAAGAUGCCCGAGGAGGUGGUGCUGAGCAGUGGUCGCUUGCAGUGUCUGGUCGGUGAAGCGAACGCGCCGACGUGGUUUAUCCGCCUUGCGCACGUGGAAAACGCAUUUAUGAUGCUAUCGAUGAAGAUGACAAAGCAAGGAACGGAGACGGAUAAUGCAACGCCGGAGUUGCAGCUGCUGGAGCUGUUGCCGGAAGACGAGAAAGCAGUGGUGACUAAGGGACGAUUUUACUACCGAGUGCUGGUGCCCAUUGAGCUGAGCAAAGCGCCGGAUUUGCUGGCACCAAUGAUCUCUCGACGUGUACUUAAGAAUGCAGAAGAGAUUAUCGAAUGCCACGAAAGGUAUCGCUGUCCGCAGAGUGGAGUGACUUUUGUGAAGCUGGCGUACGAAGACGGGUGGCUCUUUGAGACGCUGAAUUCUGGGGUCAAGGUGCUUGAGAGGCUAGCCACAGAGCCUGAUAUUGAAAAUGGACGUUUCUUCUACGUAGUGAAGAUUCCAGUAGGAAUACGUGUCGCGCCGCACAUUAUGGCUCAGCGUUCAGGAAAGGGAUUCAAGUUGCACUCGAUUGUGGAAGCUUCACAGCGCUUUACGCCGCCUGGAAGUAAAAUCACGUAUGUUCGAGUGUGCAAGGAUAGACGCGCUAGUUGUGGUUGUGCACGCAGCCAUGCAGGUAGUGCGGCAAGCCCAACGUCGAUGGCGCGUAAGUAUAGUGAUGGUGGCAGUGGUGGUGAAUCAUCGACGGACGACAAGUCGCUUGCUAUGUUGUCGGCACCUCCUGCAUGCCGUGGGGGUUGGAUCUUUGAGACUACUAUGGACGGACAAGUGGUGCUGGAACCAAUGGUGGAGCCGCGAAUGCGACAGGUUGAGCGACUCUUUUACCGCGUCCUGGAAGAUGUGGAUGUGCUGUCUACGCCGGCAGGUGGCAAUACAAUUGCAGUUUCGAGCUCAUCGAACCCUUCUAGUCCUCCCAGCAGACGCAAGCGUCUUGGAGACACGCUUAUUGAGUGCAGUGAGAGGCUUGUGCCGGCAGUGUCGCCUAUCGGGGCAGAUGUUGAUGACUCUGACCUGCCGGUGAUAGGUUUCGUGAAGUUACGUCACGAUGUGGGUUGGGUAUGUGAACGACAGCUGCAGCCUCCGUAUAAAUUGCUAUUGGAGCAGGUCGUGGGAGAUGCUGUCACGCGCGAGUUGCCAAAGUUCUACCGCGUGGUAGUGCCAGUAUAUUUGCGAUCGGCCCCAGAUUUCGAGUGCCCGAGAUUACCAGGCGUAGCUCCCAUGAUAGCAGGCACCGUGUUCGAAAGCAGUCUCCAGUACACACCACCGGGUAGCCGCGUCACGUACAUUAAGGUGGCCAGUGCGUCUCAUCCAGCCACGAAUAGUGCUUGUAGUGGCUGGCUGUUCGAUCAAACACCCCGGGGCGACCUUGUACUGGAGGCCGUGGAUGAAGAUCCGGAAAAGAAGAAUGGCAAGUUUUUCUUCCGUGUGAUCAGUGAAAAGAAGGAGGUGCUGCUUUCGCCGGAGCGGACGAGCGAAGUCGUUCGUUACUUGCUUGCGGACACGAUUUUCUCAGCCGAGAUGGAGUACACGCUGCCACGAACUCGAGAGACCUACGUACGGCUUACAAAAGAAAAAGGCUGGGUUGGGCUUGACCCACCACAUGCGCGAACAGACAAUUUGUCGGAUCGUAGUGUUCACAGUGUCCAGAGUGCAAGUGAAAAUGCUGGUAGUCCGUCACGAACACUUGUUCGAAUUUCCGAAGAGGUGUAUAAUCUCUAUACAAUGCCGCCGAGUUGGGUAAGUAUUGGUCAUCCGAAUCGUACUUGGUUUAAAGUUCCCGAUGCGGGUAAUCGUUCGAUUCUUGCGGAAGAGACAAUGCUGCAGAUGUCCGUCUUUGAAUCCCGCAACAUCUUAGCGUCGAGUUCGCGAGGCCGCGAGAGUGUUCCCCUGUCACGAAAGGGAACGCUUAGCCUUGACAACGGCAACACAAUGUGGCAUUGCACUCUGGAAGAGAUCAAGCACCCGGCCAGCGCGUUGUUGUUUACGUUUCCGUGGAAACAAGUAUGGUGGAUCUUUUCGCUGCAAGGGUCAGCCGAGCAGCAUAGUGUGGAAUUACAGCACGGUCUCCGUGGUGGAUUCCGUUCCAUUAUGUUGGACGGCGAGCCGCUGCUGCAGAACCGCAGCGUGACGGAUAUGCUCUGGGAUUCCGGCAGCGAGUUCACUUUCGCAUGGAAUACUCACACGUUCAAGGUAGUCAUUACACUUGAAGGCGCCUUCUUUUCGAAAUAUUUGCAGUUUUACAGCUACACGCUGGUCGUCGACGAAGAGAAUAUCGUUCCUGUGGCUUAG